AGCCAAAGCCAGUUAAAAAAAGUGAAACAUUAACAAAUUGUGUGAAAAAAAUGAAAGUGCCUGUUUUUUGUUAUUAAAAUUAUUAAUUUGCGAUCAUUGAAUCAUGUCUCAUCACGAGAUUUCAUGUGGUUUAGAAUAUAUUACAACUCCCAAUUUACAAGAGUGCCUUUCGGAAGCUUUACAGUCUAGUUAUGCAUUUAUCGUUAUGCCGAUUGUUCAUCCACGUUUUCGCCGGUCGCACCAAUCGUCCGUCGGAACGGUUGGAGGCUUUUCAAGAUCAGAUAUGUUACUCGCUUCACAAGACUGGAACAGUAGGAUUGUGGGAAAAUUAUCACACUAUUUGGACCUUGAUUCGGAAUCUCCGAUUAUUCGUCAACGCCAUGAGGAUUGCCUAAAUGAAGAGCUUACAUACAGUCGAGGAUUAGGUCUUCCAGCUGUGAUGUUGUCUUUGCACUCAACCAAUGUCAGUAAUUUGGCUAGAAACGUGCUCUCUUACUUGGACACAAGCCACCACCCAACGCUUAUUUGGAGUUAUGUGCCUAUGUUUUGCCAAAGAACUUUAAGGGAUCAGGAAUCUGAAGAAAAUGAAAACAUUGAGGUUUGGGAUGAGCCGUGGAGGUGGUGGUCCACCUUCCAUGAGCGCAUAAACUGGGACAAGAGAGUUGGUGUUGUAGUGGAGAUACCAGCCAACCUGCCACCACAAGAAAUACUAAAACGAUGGCUCGGUGAACCAAUCAAAGCGAUUGUUGUACCUACUUCUCUAUUUCAUAAUAACAAGAAAGGAUACCCAGUUUUGUCAAGAGCUCAUCAACAACUUGUUGUGGAAAUGAUAGAACACGAAGCACAAGUCAUAGUCAGUGGAGCAAGGAGGUCAAAUAUAGAGUACUAUUUGCAAUAUCUUUAUAGAUUGUGGAAGAAAAGGCCAUAUAUUGCUGAUGAUCCUAUGCUCAGUUAUGCUAAAGGAUGGGAAGAUUACCUACAAAUACCUCUACAACCAUUGGCUGACAACCUGGACACUCACACAUACAAUGUUUUUGAAAAAGAUCCCAUCAAAUAUGACCAGUAUCAAAAAGCAAUUGCUCAAGCGUUGACUGAUAUUCAAAAGAAAAGGAAAGGAGAAAGCAUUAAUAAUGAAAGUCUCAGUGCCAGUACUGAUAUAAUCAAUAGUGAUACAAAAGAAAGUGGUCAAGGUGAUAAUGCAUUAAAAGAAAUUGAUAAAGCUAUUACUGUGAUGGUGUUGGGAGCAGGACGCGGCCCACUGGUGAGAGCUACAUUGAAUGCAGCAGAUAUCACACAAAGUAAAGUUAAGGUAGUUGCAGUAGAGAAAAAUCCAUGUGCAGUAGUAGUUCUCACUGCUCUAGCGAAAGAAGUGUGGCACAAUCGUGACGUCACUGUUAUUCCGGGGGACAUGAGACAAAUCAACCUGUCACCUAAAGCUGAUAUUAUAGUUUCUGAACUGUUGGGGUCAUGGGGAGACAAUGAACUGUCACCAGAGUGUUUAGAUGGUGCAGCUGGACUCUUGAAAAGUGCUGGUAUAUCGAUACCCAGGGAAUACAGUUCAUAUGUUGCCCCUAUAUCCUCAGCACGACUAUGGGCAGCAGCGAAGGUAGCCAAUGUCACCAGCUGUCAAAUGGAAAAGAACCUUGAAACUCUUUGGGUUGUUUAUAUGCAAAAUAAACAUGACAUUGGAGAAAUUAAACCUGUGUUUACUUUCGAACAUCCUGCAAAAGGUGUAAAAGAUCACAAAGGGAAGGAGGUAUUGGACUACAGAGGUUUACCAGUGACAGACAACAGAAGAUCAACAGUUCUCAGCUGGGAAGUUAAGCAAGACAAUGUAAUGCAUGGUUUUGGUGGUUACUUUGACUGUUUAUUGUAUGGCAAGGAAAUGAUUAGCAUAGUGCCAUCAACUCACAGCCCAGGAAUGAUAUCAUGGUUUCCAGUAUUUAUUCCAAUCAAGACUCCUUUAAGAGUAAAAAAAGGUGAAACAAUAAAAGCCACUUUUUGGCGAUGCAGGAAUCCUCGUAAAGUUUGGUACGAGUGGAUUGUUGAAGUUGGUAUCCGUGCUACUCCAAUGCACAAUAAUAAUGGACGUAGUUCAGAAAUGUUAUUAUGAUUGUAAAUUAAAAUACUGCCUUUAAUUUACUUAGACACAUGAAUAUGAAAAUAAAAAUCAUCAUAUACUAUAAUAA